ACAAAAAUUAAUAAAAACAUAUGUAGAUUUUUUUAAAUUGGACGUAUUGUUAUUUUUAUCCUAGUCGAAAUUAUAAAACGAAACGUUUUGACUGUCCGUUUGCCAAUGAGCAGUGAUCAAUUUUUUUUGUUUGUUUUUUAUUGUUUACCUACUAGACUAGAUGAUGAAUUGCCUCCAAAACGCUUUAAAAACUUUCAUUUAUAAUUCUAAGUGUGUGUAUAAUUAAAGAGCUACAGUGACAUAAAAUGAAUUCUAAGCUGCCCCUGAUGUGUUCCGAAGCAGAGAAAGCUCAGUUGUUUGAAGCUAUCGACAACAAUAAUGUAGAAAAAGCUGACGUACUUCUAUCUUCAACUGUGGACGUUAACGUACGGAGUCUCGAAGUGAAGAAUCGUACUGCGCUGCACCUGGCAGCCCACGCGGGGCGCUACGACCUAGUCGCUCUGCUAGUCGACAAACACAAAGCAGACGUCAACAUCGAAGACAGCGAAGGCGACAUCCCCUUGCAGCUAGCCACAGAUCGCCAUCACAUGAAGAUAGUCAAGUUCCUCCUAAGCAGAAACUCCAAAGGGCGUGAGUACGCGGCGCAUUUCCUAAACACUGACGAAGUAGAGGAAUUCUUCCAAGCGGCCAAAGCGAAUGACAUCCAGAGAGUGACGGAGCUACUCGACAGUGGUGUGGAUGUCAAUUCGGUAGAUUUGUCUGAUCUACACCGAUCCGCGUUGCAUGUUGCAGCUCGGGAAGGUCAUUAUGAUCUAGUGCAACUUCUCCUGGAGCGUGGUGCUGAUAUGCAAUACGAAGACGACACUGAUGAGUGCGCCUACCACAUAGCCCUUAAUAACGACCACGACAAUAUAGGCAGUUUGCUCUUAAAAACAGGGUAUAUUCCCGACCCGCGCGACGACUCCAGUGUAAGCAGUGACACUAAUGAAAGUGUAAGCUUAAGCUUUCUUUUUAACUAAAUACUUUUCAUUAAGAAAUUUAAUAU